CGUGCGAAUAGCGAGUCUGACGUCGGAAGUUGUGGGUGGUAGGCUGCAGGAUGCUGGUAAUGUUUUCUGGUCGGACGAUAGCACGAGCCAAGUGCUAAGAUGUGUGAAGAACGAAAGAAAAACAGUUUUUAAUUAGAGGAAGAAUCGCAGAACAAUGGUCGAGUAGUGUUGGCAGGAGCAACUGCCGAUUUACAACAAAAAUAAUAACAUGGCGCGGAGAAGAAUGGACAGAAUAACAACCGUUUACUUUUAGCAAGGAUAACGCCGUGUCCGGAGGAUUCGCGUGUUCUUUUUUUUUUGGAGCUCAUACUUGUGUAUAUAUCAGUUUUCCUAGUUUUCCGCGGAUGAGAGACUUGUGCGUGUGUGUACCCAGUCGUAGUCAAUAGCUGAAGGUAUCUUGUGUUUUUAUUUCCGAACACAGGAGAGCAAUGCGAAAAUGGUGAUUUGACUUCGGAAUAUUUGAUAAGCUGCUACUGCUGCUGGAGUUCCAGCACAAAAUUCAACGCUGCGAAUAAGCCUCAACGAAGCCCGGAAUACUAGUGAAUUCUAAAAUCCUAUCGUAUUAGAAGCACAAUUUGCUAAGUACGGAUGAGUAUGAAACAAUUGCACAGCCCCACGUUCGACAAUGAAAAGGGGGCGUUAAAAGUGCAGCAACAACGAAUUUUAAACAAGUGCAAGUUUUAAAGUGAAGCCACAGAAAAAAAGAAGUGUGAAGCGGUUGGUGCAAAGGAUCAAAAAACGUGCGAAAAAUGAAGAAAAAGUGAAUAUUUUGUAAAGUUGCACCACUGAUGUUUCCUCGCUGAUUAUGAAGUCAAGUUUGCGAAUCGCGGUUUAAUAGCGAACGAAAGUUUUGAAAGUGUGCUGCCAGUGAUCGAUCCUUGAUAAAUACGCGAUCGAGGAAAAAAAAUUGGGAUGGUGAGUGAAAAUAUUGAAUGCAAAUCAAGUGCGGCAGUGUGAAUGACAACCGUUGAUUGAAUUUCGUCGCCUCCCGGGUAGCAAUUGAGAGUGUGGUAACGACGAGAGAGUCUCGAAAACUCAUAUUAGUGACAAAAAUAAUGGAUCAGCCAUCGCAAACGGUUGAUGGUAGCUACACAGAAAAAGAAGAAAAGGAAUAGCAGUCUCAUUCAUCAGAGUUGGGAAGCCCCCUGGGGGAAGGUGUGAUUGUGCUGCUCUUCAUCAACGUGGGAAGCUCCUGAGUGCAUAGUAUCAUAAAACGGGCGGCGGCAAAAUAGUGCCCAGGCAGUGUGCAGAUAGUAGGGAGGGUGUUUCUCGAUUUCCGCAAAAAAAGGAGAAGUACUGUGUGUUAAGCCAAAGGCAAACCGAAACCCAGUGCUCGAUCGAAGUCAGAACGCGCGUCUGCUUGAGAGUCGAUGUUGUGAUUUAUGUGUGUUUAUAUGGAGCUGUAACCUUAUCUUCGCCCCUGGUGUGAGUCUCUGAGUACGCUCCGGUGCCCAACCAAAUGGUGUUUUAUGUCGGCAACUGUCUCUUUGGCUGAACAAAAUAAUACUCAUCUAUCUGGCUGGAAGCCGGCGGCCGGAGAUAUAAUAUCCUGACCGGAGGCCCGAAAUUGCAAUAGUGGAGAAAAACGAAUUAGAUAUUUGUGCUCGGGUGUUUACUGCUAACAACGGGUGCUCGGCAGAUAAGAGAAGACUUCCAUUGUAAUCCAUCGUAUUCACGGUUCAUUCCUCGGAUCCCACGGAAACAACCGAUAAGACUAACCUUGAACUAACAAAUUGAACUGAUUUUGUGUGUGUCCUAAACGAAUUGGUGGCAAUUGAACCGAUCAGUGCAACGGGUUGAGCAUAAUUCAAAGGACAUAGCAGCUAUGAAACUAUCGGUUGUGAUCUCGGCACCGUCAUCCGCUGAACUAGUGACAACUCGGUAGAGUGAAAACGGGAACAGAUGCGCCUGCGUUUCUGUUGCUGUUCCUGCCACCGCUCGCGAUUCAAGGUUAGAUACAAAAGAUGAAGGUGGAUAAGGCGGUAUGCACCGACACGUACGAAGAUUUGAGCCGAGCGAUACGAUUCGAGGCGGUCUUCUCGACGCUGGUCGAGAACAAAAUACUGGCAAUCAAGCGUGAGUGUGAGCUGAAGAAAAGAAACAAAAAGACGAAGGUGAUCAGACGAAUUCUAUUUGGGAGGAAGAUCUGUAAAAAGACAAUCAAGAAUGGAAUCGGUGAAAGAAGAGCAAGAAAAGUGUCAGAAGAUGAGGAGACUGAUGGCGAGAAAGUCACGGGUGAGGGAGGUAUCGAUUCCGCUGGAACUGGACCGGACGGUGAGUUACCACUGGAAAAUUCAAUCAUCAGCGAUGGUGUUGAUGAGGUUAUCGUUGAGAUUGGAGAUUUAUCAUCGCUGGUUGAUGCCGAUGGGAAUGUUGUCGCCGUUGGAGGUGAGUGCGAAGCCGACGUUUAUCAAUCUAAAUCUACAUCGGAAGAGAAAUCGGAACGAUUUGAAGCCUCUGGAGAGCGAAACGGUAUGACGAUUCUGGAUGUGGACAACGAUAGCGGUGGGGCCGUUGGUGGGGCUACCGUUGACUCGUUGUCCAAAAGUGAUACAGUGGCGCAAUCUACGACGACUGAUGACAGGAAAUCCACCAAAUCGAAUGACUCACGAGGCGGCAACAAAACUGAUGCUCCCGAGCUAGCCAGCGUGUCUAUCGAGAUAGAACCACAUUCCGACGCGCUCAGUACCCAGUAUGACCUGGAAGACAGUGGAACCAAUGUGUCGAUUGAUUUGGACGCGAGUGAAAUCUCGGACAUUAAACGGAGCAUAGCUUCGGAACCAGUUCCCAUAAUCAAGAACGCAAGCAAAUAUCGCCAGGGUUCGUUUCUCCAACAAACGCUCCUCGGUGCCACAACUCACCGUUUACGUGUGCUCGAGGCAAAAUCUAUUAGUGCUCAGAAUAGCCCAGUUCUGCCGCGUCAGAAAUCAACGGAAGUGCGUCAUCUGACGUUCAGUACGGCCACCUAUCAAACAACAUCGUCAAAUCCGGCGACGACAAAAUCGAAGAAAGACAUCGAAGACACCUCAUUCGUGAUCGAUCUCAGCCAAGACACUGACGCUCGCAACGAUGACGCCAGUAUUACUAGCGAUCUUAGCAAUUGUAACUCCAUUGUGAUACCGAAAAAUAAGCAACAAACAAUAGACAGCAAGCGUUGUAGCCACAAAAAGUCAGCAUUAGCGAUAGCCGAUAGCAGUAGUAGUAGUAACGCUAGUAGGAGCAACAAAUUGAAUCCGGCGCCACCUCCUGGAGUCGGACCGGACAGUUCCGAUCGUAGCCACCGACAUCAGCAGCAAAAGCGAUUCAGUGAUGCGGUAGUUUACGAUCUUUCACCGCCGCCAACGCCGGGACUUAUCGAAAGCUUUAACCAACUAACGGCCCCCAAUCUACCUGUGAUAACGAUGCGUCAGUCCGCGUCGCCGGUUAGUGAUAUGAUCAAGUUGCACCGACUGUCCGCGGCUGGCAGUGGUGCUCGAGCCAACUCCUUCUCGGCGCAUUCCCAAACGCAGCAGGAAUUUAGCAGUCAAUUCAAACCCCAGCUGGCAACGACAAUCAUUAGUGAGACCAGCGGUCGGAAGCAACGGCACGGAUUCCUCAGGCAAUCCAGCUGCGAUGUAGAGUUGCACUACCGACCGAUCGGUGAUAGCGCAACCGUUUACCAGCAGCCGGACAGUCGAGGGCAAAAGCACAAAAGCAGCCGUAGUCAGAGGCAUAGCUUCAGCAACAAUCGAGCAACGACGCUUACCGCCGCGGCCUCUAGUGGGGCCAGGCGGGACGAGUGGGAGGACGAUCCUAUCCUGAUGGGAGAGCUGAACGAAAGCGACGAGGAGAAGCUCAACAAGCGGAAGUACAAAUACUUGAAGCGCUGCUCGGAUCCGGUAAUUGUAUUUCCUUCGACAAACAUCGUCGGCGGCGGCGGCGGCGGCCCGGGAUCAGGUGGAGGUUUCGGAAGCAGUGGUCUGCAGCACUGCAUCCUCAGUCGACCACCCAACCAGCCAAUCCAAUUCCCUUACGACGAGGACUUCAUGUAUGACGUCUCGCUACAGCUUGAAUCCGACCGACACGGGGAGCUGGAUUCAAUAGUGCCUGAACAUAGGAGAAGGCAUAAACAUAAACAUAACCAUCAUCGACACUGCAAGAAGAAAAGACACAAGAAACGGAAAAUCCUAGUUCAUGAUUUGGACGAUCAGAGUGUUAAGGUUAUAGAUCCCGAUGAUCUUCCACAGCGCGCACGUUGGACGAUUAUUGCAACCGCCUGCCUACUGCUGAUAAUGUGCCUACUCCUAGUAGGGAUAACCCUGCGGAUGGCUCCUAUCAUUGAUGAUAUGGUUCGCCAGGAAAACGAACGACUCAUGCGGGAGUCCCUCGAUAGAGCUAAGAUGAUAAAGAACUACACCGAGUACCACCGGAUGAUUGGUGGUGACGAAAUUCCAUAACGAUUUUUGCUCACUCUCAUCUAUCCUGUCAUCGAAGCGUGGCAUCACUUCACCCGCAAGCGUCGUAUACCCCCCAACUGGCGACCCCUGACUGGAGGAUGCUAGCGAACGGUGAACGAUGCGCCCAGCCAGCUGCAGCUGAUCCCCAGGAUGCUCCAGGAUGUGUGGAUACCAUCCACCGGUGUUUUUUUUUUUUGUGUCAUCAACGCCAACGGAGGGCAGAGGACGGAGUCAUCGUCUCCCCCCGACUGUGGAAUGCAAUUGUUACCGCCCGCGUUUCGAAUGUGAGCUGAAAAUGGGCCCGAUAGAAUUCAAUUAAAAUAACUUCAAAAACCCUGGAACCGAUAAACCACCGGUAACGGAUCGGCAGCAGCAGCAGCAAAAAAAAACACAAUGCUGGGGGCAAGUACCAUAAAAAGCGAAAUUCGUGCGGUCAAAUGGUGAAGGGGAUGUAAUUUGCACGUAUCCAGCGUUGAUUAUUUGCAGUGCGGGGAAUGAUUGUUGUUAAUUGUUUAAUUUUGUUAUACCUCGGGAUGGAAAUUCCGAUCCGUUUCGUGGUAACGAAAUGCCGAAUGUUAGCUUUAGUAGGGUAUGCUUUUCCUAGCGAAUGACAGUGCCGUUUUGGAUGAUCACUAGAAAAAUUAUUUUUAGUUAUCGAAAACGGAAAUGGAACAAAUUGUUGGUAUGUGUACUCAUAGAAGUUGAUUCGUUGUCAAAGUAGUUUAAUUGUUAUCAUAUAUUCGAGACUACGUUCGGACAAGACAGCAGGAAAAUUACAUGAAAAGCGGUUUGAAGCUGUUGGCGAACUGUUGAAGUUAUUUGUAAUUCAAUAUAUUUUAUCGCAAAAUUCAAAUUCCCACUUCCUCUCGGCCCGAUAUAGAUGUAAAUUUAUGAUUUCCCACAAACCUUGGCCACACAGUUUGCUCCUAAACUCUCCAAAUGUGAUGAAUAGAUCUGUUUCUACAUUGGCUAGGCCGUAGCUGGAGCCCUAGAUAAUACAUUCUGGGCCACGGUAAGUCAUUCUAUUUACAGAGUCAGGGUCGUUCUAUUUCCAGUCAUCGUAUGGUUGGGAUGGGUGGGAGGCACACAACAGAUGGAAUUUGUUAUGACGCUGGGACACCAGGAAUAUUACAUCCACGGCUUACAGUUGCAUACAUUAAGCUUCAUAGAUAGAUUGAGGUGAAAAGCUCAUCCCGGUCAACAGCCGCCGGGCAGAAUAAAAACAUAGAAAUGGAAAGCAGAUGAAUAUGAUGCAACUACCAAAGUCAACGGCGGAAUGUGUUUCAGGGGGAAAUCAUACUUCAAUCUUACUUUAUCGAUUAGUGGAGUUGUUUUUUGUCGGAAGCAAACAUGUCAUACAGCUUUCUCUUGCAUAAUAAUGGAGUAGUCCGUCCCUAUGUUUACGAAUUUUUGUCCCUCCCUUUACAGUGACGGACAAAAUAAUAAGACCAGAAAGAAAAAAAAAACUAUGGAUGGGUCAUACCUACGAUAUAACCGCAAGGUUGACGUAGGACUGCCGUUGUCUGUGUAGGGAAAACACAUUCCGGUUUGCAAAAAUGCAAGCGAGUACAAAAAUAUUCGCAACUUGCAUCUCAUUUGCAAUGCCAAUUUCCCACGCUCCAUGGUUUUGAAAUCCGUGUUAGGGAUAUAUUCCGAUUUGCAGAAACGCUAACGAGUAAAAAGUAUCCACAACUUGCAUUUAUUUUGCAAUGCUAAUUUCCCCAGGCUCCAUGGUUUAGAAAUUUGUGUUAGGGAAACAUUCCAAUUUGCAAAAACGCAAACGAGUACAAAAGUACCCGUUGAUUGUAUCUUAUUUGCAAUGCCAGUUUCCCCAGGCUCCAUGGUUUUGAAGACUGUGUUAGGGAAACAUUCCGAUUUGCAAAUGCGCAAACGAGUACAAAAGUACCCGCUGCUUUUAUCUAUUUUGCAAUGCCGAUUCCCCCAGGCUCCAUGGUUUUGAAGUUUGUGUUAGGGAAACAUCCAUUCAUUCCAGUGAUGGUACCUCAAUCGUUACGCAAUCAUAACUGAGUGGAUUUCCGAGUGACACUCACUUUUAUACCGAUUGGUGUGAUUUCAAUAGCGGUUUGAAAGCAAUUUAAGGCUAUUGAAACAAGUGUUUGGAUCAAAAAGUAACAAGCAUAGCACGCGUAGACUUUUUAUCUUUCGAAUGAAGUGUAUAUCAUACCAUUUCGUUCAGUUGUUUUGGAGCUAUCAACGCUGAAAAUCUCGUUCUCCGGCGUAACGCUUUCGUUUUCGAAAUUUUGAACUCAACCCCAAUAUAGAAAUGAAAGACGUAGUCCUACGUCAAAAACUAUCAUAUUAAAAUCAAGCCUAGGAAAACUCACACUUUUCAAUCACCUUUCAAACAAUCAAAAAUUGAUGAUCACCAAUCUUGAAAAUUCAAUAAUCAUACCUGAUUUCUCGAUAUUUUCCCAUACCUCCAAGAUCAGAGUUUCAAGUCCAUCUACAGUAGCAGACAGCUUUUUCUUGACAUAAAUUCUUUUAUUUCCAACAUUCCCUAAAGGUUUUUCACGGUUUCAAGUCCAGAGAAUGAACUGGCUAGUCCAGUACAUCUAUUUUCUUGUCCUUGAUCCACUGUUGGAUUUCCUAGCUUAUACGAAUAGCGGCUUUGUCCGUCUAAAAAAAAACAAAUUGUUUUCAGUGAUAUUUGGAAAAAAAAAAAGGUAGAGCCUUCCAGAACCCGUUCCUUCAUAUGGGGUUGGGGAAAAAGAAAUGUCGUAUUUCUGAUAGAAAUUUGACGCUUUAUUUAACAUACUUAAAAUUAUCCAAUUUAAGUCAGUUUGUUCGCAAACUUGUUGCCAUUUAAAAGGCAACUUCAUUAUCCCCCCCUUAUGAAACCCCCCCUCCUUAUUUGCAAAAAACUCAGACAGCCAAUUUUCGCAAGCCUCUUUUGAGGCCAACUUAGUAUCACCAAGAGCGUUUUGCAUGGACCAGAAGAGAUGAUAAUCACUUGGAGCCAGGUCCGGACUAUACGGUGGGUGCAAUAGGACAUCCCAUCCGAGCUCCCGUAGCUUCUGGCGGGUCAUUAAAGAUGUGUGAGGUCGAGCGUUGUCCUGGUGGAAAACAACACCAUUCCUGUUGAUCAUUUCUGGCCGCUUCUGGUCAAUCGCCUGCUUCAAACGGUCAAGCUGCUCACAGUAGAGAACCGAGUUGAGGUUCUGGCCAUAGUUGAGCAGCUCAUAGUGGAUGAUUCCCUUCCAAUCUCAUCAAACACACAGAAAAACCUUCCUGGCCGUCAAUCCGGGCAUGGUGAUGGUUUGGGCCGGCUCACUGCACUUCGACCUCUACUUUUUUCGCUUUAGGUUGUCGUACGUGAUCCACUUUUCAUCACCAGUCACCAUCUUCUUCAAAAAUGGGUCGAGUUCGUUCCGUUUUAGCAAAGCAUCGCAGGCGUUGAUUUGAUCUAAAAGAUUUUUUUGCGUCAACUCGUGUGGCACCCAUACAUCCAGCUUUUUUUGGAACCCAAUCUUCUGCAAAUGGCUCCAAACGAUUUUAUGGUCUAUACCCAGUUUCUGGCCAAUCGAGCGAGUGCUCACAUGCCGGUCUACUUGGAUGAUUUCAACGAUUUUAUCGGUUUCCACGACGAUUGGUCUACCAGUACAAGGUGUAUCUUCGACGGCCACUACACCAGAACGAAAUCGAUCAAACCAACGCUGUGCUGUGCGAAUCGUUACAGUAUCGGGUAAAAACGUAAAAUAUGGCGAAUUUCUUGCUUGGUGGACUCCAUCUUUGACGCGCUAUAACUUGAGACUGAAAAGGAUAAUCACAACACUGUCAAAACGACACUUGUAGCACAGAUUGUCGUCUUUAAAUAGCCGUAGAGUAUGACCCGAUGCGAUAAGUACAACAUAAGAUAUGUUUAAGUGUUGCCAUAUAUUGACAAUAUACGACAUUUCUUUUCCUCCAAACCCAAUAUAAAUUUAAAAAAAUGUGAAAGCUUGGUGGACUCCAUCUUUGACGCGCUAUAACUUGAGACUGAAAAGGAUAAUCACAACACUGUCAAAACGACACUUGUAGCACAGAUUGUCGUCUUUAAAUAGCCGUAGAGUAUGACCCGAUGCGAUAAGUACAACAUAAGAUAUGUUUAAGUGUUGCCAUAUAUUGACAAUAUACGACAUUUCUUUUCCUCCAAACCCAAUAUAAAUUUAAAAAAAUGUGAAAGCUAUUUCGAGCUUUCCAUCAUCACAAACAUCUGCCCAUACCAUGCAUGAUUCGUCACCAAAGUUCCAAGUGGAGAAGAGGAGUUGUCAAUGGAUGUCUGAUAAAUCCAUCAGGAUCAUAAAAGUUGAAACUUUGUUUCAUCACUGAGGAUAACCUGGAAAAGUUAUAAAGGCCAAAUUUAUCACAAAUACAAUUGCAUGUUCUAGCGAAACUCAAUCAUUGUUCGAUAUGAGAAGGUGUAGGAUUAGUGACUUUCACCAUUUUAGUCCUUUGAUUAGAGCAAGGCGCCUAGAAGUAUAUCCCAAGGCGCGUAGAUGUAUAUCCUAAGGUGGGCCAACUUGCUAAAACCACUCUUCAGCCAUCUUGGAAGUCUACUGUGUUUUGUUUGUAAACAAAACACAAUACGCUUGUGCCCAAGUUCGCUCGUGAUCAGUCUGUCUCUUUCACGCUUCAAGGAAAUAAUUCCCCUUCUGUUUUCUAUACUGUUUCAUGUACCGCUCCCCUAACCAACUUUGUGACGAAACGGCCUCACCUAGUACCAUAGACCCGUCUUGGUAUAUCUUAAGGAGGGCCAACUUACUAAAACCAAGGCGCCUAGAAGUAUAUCCUAAGGUGGGCCAACUUGAUAAAACCAAGGCGCCUAGAAGUAUAUCCUAAGGUGAGGCCGUUUCGUCACUAAGUUGGUUAGGGGAGCGGUUUAUGAAAACAGUACGGAAGAAAGCAGAAGGGAAAUUAUUUGCCUAUAGCGUGAAAGAGACAGACUGAUUGCGAGCGUGCUUCGGCACUAGCGUAUUGUGUAUUGUUUACAAACAAAAUACAGUAGACUUCCAAUAUGGCUGAAGAGUGGUUUUAGCAAGUUGGCCCACCUUAGGAUAUACUUCUAGGCGCCUUCGCUCCCCUAACCAACUUAGUGACGAAACGGCCUCACCUUAGGAUAUAUUUCUAGGCGCCUUGGAUUAGAGAUGUGCCAUCCGCUCAUGAGCUGUUCCGAAGAAUCGACUCUUUGAAGAGAGUUGAAACGGAACAGCUCGCAAAAAAAAAAACAGGUCUUCAGCUCACUUUGAUAAUGGUGCAGAAGGGAAAAGAGCUGAAGAAUUGCAGAGAGUGUGUGGGCUGUAAGAUUCAAAUGAACUCACCGCGUGCUCUUCGUGUUAUGACAUCAGUUCAGUUUUAUUUGUUCCUUGUCUUUUCAACUGUUAUAUUCACGUUGACGGCAUUGGACUUUGUUUACCAGUUUAGGGGGCACCAAAAAUAAUAAUUGACUUUCUGGCAGAAUGUACACGUUUGUAAAAUUAAAAUUAUGAAUGAAAAUUAAUUUCUGUGUAUCAAAUUAGUAUUCUAUUUCAAUGAAAAACACUUUGUUUACAGGCGGUGCAGAAAUCUCAUAAGAAAAUUGUUUUUGAAGACAACUUUAUAUUAUAAUAAAAAAUCUCAGUAAAAAUUUCGGAAAUGUAUAGACAAAUGGUUAAAUAAGAAUCAGGAACACGUGUUUCAAGUAAUUUAAUAAUGUGUGAUUUUGGCCACCAAAAGCCCAGCCAUUUCGGAGAUGUUUUAUCCUUAUCCGCAGAGCACACGUCUUGCCUUUACCGCUGCCAGAAUGCCGGGGGAGACGAGAUCUCGUGCUGCGUAAUUGGGUCGGGCGAUGCAGGGUUGGAGCAAACCUUAUGGCCGGCGAAAUAUGGGCGGCAGGGCUGCAUCGUAUAGGCACGGUAUGUAUAAAAGGGACAACGCAACGCAUUGCAAGUGAAAUACAUUGGAUGUAAUAGGAGGAUCACAUUCACGUCCCACACAUCACCCCUCUUCCGAAAAAAAACCGAAACUCAGGGAUAAAUAGUUCAUUGUGUUAUCGAAUACAUGAUCAAAUAUAUACUUUAAACAUGCUAGAUCUUAAAAUGCUUCAUUUCCAACUACUGUUAUGAAAUUUUUCGAUAGUUCAGGUGUUCUCUUCGUUCGUUUUGGGCGUUUAACAACUAUAGGCUGUGAAAUUUCAUACCGAGGGAUGCUGUAGAGCAGUGUGAUCGUUUCUUUUGCUUUCCUAAUAUUUUGUAGGGAUAGCUUCUUCGGAGUGCCUCCCAUUGUAUGCUUUAUUUGUCUGCGACACAUGUUUUUACAAGAACUGACCGCUUUCAUCGCUCAAAACCAGCAUGCCAUUCCGUUUUUCCAUCGCGGUAUACUUACGAUGGUCGAACCGUGAUUCCCCUUUUGCACGAGUUUGACGUUCAACAACGACUCUCACCUAAUUUAAUACGAUAUUGACGAGCUCCCCACGCAGCAGAGUUAUAUGCAUGAACUGCUGCGUUCAAUUCCUCUCGGUAGCUUAUUCCAUUUGCAAACUGUGAUCAUGUCUUUUUUUCCACCGGCUUCAUGCGGUUUCUGGUGAUUGCGCAAAAAAUGAAAGACUUCAUCUAUCCCUUCGCAUCUUUCGUCAUACUGGUUCGCCAAACUCGCUCUCAAAAUAUUUUCAAAAUUCAUUACGUUUCUCGCGUAGUAAUCUCGAUCAACCAUCGUAUAUAAUUACCACAACUAUUAAUCUCAAUCCGGUUGUCUCAAUCCGCUUUAAUUCGUUCUAAGCAUCGCGGUCGCCUCUAUUCGCUAAUUGAAUAAAAACGCGGUCGUCUCGACCCACUAAAAACACUCAAAGCGCGGUCGUCUCGAUCCGCUACAAAUGUUCAAAGCACAGUCGUCUCGAUCCGUUACAAAUACGGCGCUCGUCUCGAUUCGCUAUAAGCGCGAUCGUCACGAUCCGCUUUUAAUAACACCUAGCGCGAUCGUCGCGAUCCGCUUUUAAUAACAACAAGCGCGGUCGUCACGAUCCGCUUUCAAUUACAUUUAGCGCGGUCGUCUCGAUCCGCUUUUAAUAACAACAAGCGCGGUCGUCGCGAUCCGCUUUUAAUAAUACCAUGCGCGGUCGUCGCGAUCCGCUUUUAAUUACACCAAGCGCGGUCGUCACGAUCCGCUUUCUUUUAAUUACACCAAGCGCGGUCGUCACGAUCCGCUUUUAAUUACAUCUAGCGCGGUCGUCGCGAUCCGCUUUUAAUAACACCAAGCGCGGUCGUCACGAUCCGCUUUUAAUUACAUCUAGCGCGGUCGUCGCGAUCCGCUUUGGAUAACAGCUAGCGCGGUCGUCACGAUCCGCUUUUAAUAACACCAAGUGCGGUCGUCACGAUCCGCUUUUAAUUACCACGAUUCCGAUCCCAAUGUACAUCACUACAUAUAUCAAACAAAAAAUGUACAUCACUACCCAUUUAUAAAAAUUACAUCACUACACAUUUCAAACAAAAAAUGUACAUCACUACCCAUUUCAAACGAAAAAUGUACAUCACUACACAUUUUUUCCUCAUUUAACAAACAAACAAAAUGUGAGAAAAAAAAGCACUCGUGUUCAGCUACCGGUGAUAUUACAACAAUCACAAUAACUAAGCCGGGAUGACAGCCAUGUUUUUUCGAUUUUUUUUUUUGCGAUUUCGCUCCACACCACGCUAAAAUAAUCGGCCAAACGGUUAAUUAGCCGCGACGAACACAAGUAGCCGUACUGCAAAAAAAAUCCAGCUCCUGGCAGGAUCGCCAAUGUGUGAUUUUGGCCACCAAAAGCCCAGCCAUUUCGGAGAUGUUUUAUCCUUAUCCGCAGAGCACACGUCUUGCCUUUACCGCUGCCAGAAUGCCGAGUGAGACGAGAUCUCGUGCUGCGUAAUUGGGUCGGGCGAUGCAGGGUUGGAGCAAACCUUAUGGCCGGCGAAAUAUGGGCGGCAGGGCUGCAUCGUAUAGGCACGGUAUGUAUAAAAGGGACAACGCAACGCAUUGCAAGUGAAAUACAUUGGAUGUAAUAGGAGGAUCACAUUCACGUCCCACACAAAUAAUAUGGUGUGAAACAUUUCAUUUCAAUUUUAACAUUUUAAAACUAACUUUAUGUCUUCUAAUCUGAUAAAGAUUACACUAUCGAGUUUGGGACCCAAAUUGAAAGUCGCCACCAAACGUCGACACUGACAACUGAGCUGAAGAGCAAUUCAUAAAGAACAGCUCCUUUGGAUGAGCUGAGCUGGAUUGCACGCUCUAUCUUUGAUGCUAGGAGUUUUGACCAAUGUUUGAAGAAUUAUCUCCCAAGAAACGUUUAACUUUAAAGACUGGUUGAUUUUCUUUAGUUACUGCAUUUGGAGUUUUUUUGCCCAGUUAUGAUUGUGUCACAUUUACCCGAAAGACAUUCACCCGAAUGCAACAUUUACCCGGCAGUAACACUUACCCAAAUGUACUAUUUACAACCAUAUUUAUUUAGAAAGUAUUUUUAUAUUUAAUCCUGAUAAGCGUUAUUUAAAUAAUCACAUUCAUACAUUAAUCGGUAUCCAAAAACUCGUAUACUACGUGAGUAGAGCAAAAACAAGAGAAAACGGCAUUACGUACUAUAUUUUUCAAGACCAUGAAAAAUAUAUCGUCUGCUACGGAUCUUCCGUUGUCCAACCGAUGACAAACGUAAUGCACCAGGCAAACGUAUGCCUAAAGGAUCGUUGGAACACAGAUUUGCUUGCGAGAGGCCGCCGCUUCCAACGGCGGGUCAGUGGCCGACUCGGAUUGCGUCACCUAAUUAAUUUCAUAACGAACAAACAAAUUCAUAAUAAUAACUGCGCUGCGAUGGCGUUAAUACGUACGUAAAAAAUUGUUGCUUACAAAUUCUUUUCACAUUUUAAGGUAUUUUUGUUUUAUAAUUUUUAUAUUUAAAUUAGCUGCUAAAUUUUCGAAAUAUUCCAUAUUCCGUGAUUAUUUCUAAAUUAUCUCUUAGCCUUUGAGAGCAAUUACGAAAGCAAAAAAGACAGUCUGUUAAUUGUGUCUACACUAAUUUCUAAAAAUUUCUAAAAAACAGUGUUCUCCAGCAUCAUUUUCAAAUUUCCCCGUUACAAAUUUUUCUUUUACUAUGUAUUUUUGUUGGUCUCUCAUGUUGUUUCUAUUUAAUCUUAUUUACCAACAGGAGAUUCGACAAAACUCAUAAUCUGCUUUGUUGGAAUUUUUCCUUCUUCGUGCGGAUAAACGUUACAAUCGGGAAAAUGUUGCAUUCGAGUAAAUGUCGCAUUCGGGUAUUUGUUAUAUUUGAGUAUUUGUUGCAUUUGGGUAAAUGUUCAUUCGGGUGAAUGUUGCAUUAAGGUAUUUAUUACAUUCGGGUGAAUGUCAUUGGGGUAAACGUGUUUCGGGUAAAUGUGACACAACCCCAAGUAAUUGCGUGCUACUUUUUGGGGUCAAUUCGUCGAAAUUUUUUUUAUGCUACAGACCAAGCCCGCCUUUAGACGGGCUCCGCGGAUUCUCUUUUCAAAUUAUUCAGACAUUAUAAUCAAUGUUCACCCCCACUAGAACGUCUUUGGAAUAUUUUCAUCUAUCACACAUACACAUUGUUUUUAUGCUGGCAGCUUUCUGCUAGAAGUAUUUUAUGUUGAAAGUCGGAAAUUCGAGAUAAAAGUGGAAUAGGUUUUUUAGAUAAAUAAAAAAACUUGGGCGGUAGAGGGUUAACUUUUGUAUGGGUGAAUACUUCCAUAUUCUCUUUUUUCCGUAAGCACUUUUUGCUUCGUUAUUUCGCUCCAAAUUUCUUAUCCAAAAAAACCUAAGACGAUGAAACAGAUAAUUGGUCUUAUACAAAAUGGGCACUGUAAGCGAAAGGUUUUGUUUGCACCGCACACGUGUAUACACUAGGGUGCCAAUGAAUGUAUGGAUAAAAAUCGACCCUAAAAUUUCAAAAAGUUAUCGUAUACAACAUGUUCACCAACUCGAAAAAACACCCUAUGCCAAAUUUCAGCUCAAUCGGACUUAAGGGAGAGUGGCGCAAAGCGGUCAAAGUUUGAGUUUUUUGAAAAUAGAAAAAUCACCCAAGGUGGGAGUAAAGGAAAUCGAUGUUUUUGAAAAAAAAAUUCGCAAUGUCAAAUGUCUUAAAAUUGCAUGAAACGUCGAGAUCUAGUAUUAUCUCGAAAAAUAAAAAUUGUCAAAAAUCGGCACUCUGGGACUUCUGGAAUACGAGGCAAAACGUGACUCUGACUUUGUGCACAGAUUAUGUUAGCGUUACGUAACUUAAAGGGGUAGGGAGUUUGUCUUGCGUUAAAAUUUGUUACAGAGUGGGAAGGGGUCAAAAAUCCACAUUUUUAGCGUUACGUAAUUUGUGCACCACGUCUAACAUAUGGGGACACGACUUCAAAUCUAACCUAAUAGCGAAUUCGUUUUUAAAACUGAGUCAGUGCCAAACUGACUCUGUAAUAAAAAAACGUUUUCAGUUUCACGAAUGCGGUGGUUUGUUUGUGUGCGUUAUAUAGUCUGAUUUGUUUAUAUUAGGCUGUCAAAAAAGUCCUGCGGUAUUUUUUUUUAAUUUUCAUUUGUUCAUAAAAUUAGUUACAAUCAUCUGUUUUAAGUCAAAUAUGCGCCGUUUUGUUCGAUGACUUGUUCCCAACGAGAUGCCAACUUCAUAAUACCCCUGUUAUAGAAGCUCGCUUCCUUAUUGGCAAAAAACUCGGAUAUCCAAUUUUCACAGGCCUCUUUUGUGGCUAACUUCUGACUACCUAGCUCGUUCGCCAUGGACAAAAACAGGUGGUAGUCACUUGGUGCAAGGUCCGGACUAUACGGCGGAUGCAAAAGAACCUCCCAUCCGAGCUCCCGGAGCUUCUGGCGCGUCACCAAAGAAGUGUGUGGUCUGGCGUUGUCCUGAUGGAAGACAAUGCGGCCUCUGUUUAUCAAAGAUGGCCUCUUCUUCAUGAGUGCUACCUUCAAGCGGUCCAGUUUUUGGCAGUACAGGUCCGAAUUGAGCGUUUGGUCAUAGGGAAGCAGCUCAUAAUAGAUUAUUCCUUGACAAUCCCACCAAACACACAGCAGAACCUUCCUGGCCGUUAAUGAGGGCUUGGCCACCGUCUGAGCCGCUUCAGCGGGCUUCGACUACGACCGUUUGCGCUUCACGUUGUCGUAAGUGACCCACUUUUCAUCGCCAGUCACCAUCCGCUUCAGAAACGGGUCGAUUUUGUUGCGAUUAAGCAGCGAUUCACAUGCGUCGAUACGGUCAAAGAUGUUUUUUUUUUUGCGUCAACGUGUGUGGCACCCAUACAUCGAGCUUCUUUGUGAAUCCCAGCUUCUUCAAAUGGUUAAUAACGGUUUGAUGACUUAUCCCCAGCUCUUGGCCGAUGCUACGGCUGCUACUAUGCCGGUCUUUCUCGGCUAAUUCAGCGAUUUUGUCGCAAUUUUCGACGACAGGCCUUGCGGAGCGUGGCGCAUUUUCGACGACCUCUACACCAGAACGAAAACGUUGAAACCAUCGUUGUGCGGUGGAAAUGGAAACUGUAUCGGGUCCAUAAACUGCACAAAUUUUAUUGGCAGCUUGAGAUGCAUUUUUGCCUUUGUCAUAGUAGUACUGUAAAAUAUGUCGGAUUUUCUCUUUAUUUUACUCCAUAUUUGCGACACUAUAACUCACGAAGGACUUAACCAAACAAAACACUGUCAAUAACAAUAUUAUAGCGCGCAAAAAUACCUUUCCAACAAGCUAUAGUAUGACUCGAUACAAUGAAUACAACUAGAACUACGCGCUUACAACGACACCUCGAGGAAAUACCGCAGGACUUUUUUGACAGCCUAAUAUUUACGACGGCAAAUGUACAGUGUCGACGUCUGGUGGUGAUAUUAGUGCUUGGGAGGUAAAUUGUUCUCCAUCAGAUCAGAAGGGCCAAGUGCAGUGUAAACAUAUAAAAGUUUGAAUGAAAAUUUUUACUUAAUAUUGUUUGAUUACCUAACACAUGUAGUUCUGACACUCACUUAACCAUUUGUCGAUGCAUUUCCUGUUUGUUCCACAAAUAAUUACUAUUAUAAUAUAAAACCAUCAUUAGACACAGUUUUCGUUCAAUAUUCUGCGAUAUCGGAAAAAACUUUUAUUUAAUCACAUAAAAUAAAUAUUCGAUACGUUAAAGUAAAUUUUCAUUCAUAAUUUUGAUUUUGAAAUUUAUUCCACCUGAAUAUCCAUCAUUAUUUUCACCUCCCAAUGAAAGCACACGUAGCUUAAAGCCGUCUACUCUACUCUUCAAAAUCAGAAUCCGAAUUGGAUUACGAUUCCAAUAAUACAAAAGCAAAAGCAGCAGGUUUUCCAUUUUCAUAGUCUUUAUUUUUAGAUUUUCCAAAACAAUAUUCGGAACUUGACAGUUCAGUAUAGUUGUAUUGGUGAACCCGAGUGCCAACCCGUGAAACAUCUCAGUGCGAAACUAACAGCUUUCGGGGCGAACUAGUGCGACACUGAGUGCGAAACUGAGUGAAUAAAAAAACGUUUUGACAGCAGUUAGUGCGGCACUGGAGUUGAAACUGAACAAAAACGAAUUCGCUAUAAGUGACAAACUAUAGUCGCCCCAUUCGCCUGUGGAAAUAGCAUGACCUGAGCCGUCUCACGUCAUUCGCUGCGCAGAAUAGAGCGGUUUUUGUAGUCUAAGUUCAUAGACUUACUCGCAAGUCCCAUGAUUGGUCCAGUGAUGUUUAGUCCAUAAAUUGAGUCCUGUCCAUCGAAAAUAAACUGGAUCUUCCAUACUGUCCCCUGUUACGUCCAAUAGAGAAGUUUUGGGCAAUAGUGAAGAGAAAGUUGAAAAUCAAGGGAAAUGUUAUCGUCUAUAUUUCAAUAAAAAAAAUUAAGAUUCAUUGAGUCAUAAAACGAAAUAUACAUAUUCGAAUCCGUCCCAUUUCUGAAGGAUCUUAGCUUUAUUUGAUAUUACGUUCUAUUAUGUCGGCUUGACGCAAAGGUGCUUGUGUAUCACAUUUCAAUCGUAGUUGGAAAAUUGCGAUGAAAUUACAGCGUUUAUGAUUGUAUAGGUCUCUCAAAUCCUACCCCCUAUUUCCUCUGCAUGUUCCACCAAAAAAGGUUCCCCAAUGCCACAGGAAAGCGAAUAACAAGCAUUAUAUGACAUGAAAAUUGUGCCAUUAAACCCAUCGGUUCGCGCGAUGCAACAGGUCCAGGACGGAAGCCACGCCGUAACGCUAGAGAGCUAAAUAGGCCACACCACAGUAUAUUGGUGGUGUGUUUGUAUGUGGAAUCCGGAGGCUUGGCAAGUGUCGGGAGUAUUAUUGGGCUGACUGGUAUUUUUUUCCAUUACCCCAAACGGUCGAUUGCUGCGAAGGAAGAAAGCUGUAACCACAAAUUGAAACCGCACCAGCUCCCAGGGCGGGGUAGGGUGUGUGGGAGAACCGGAACCGAAGCGACGGGGCGGGACUGGGGCGGUACCGGGGCGGCUUGUAGGCUGAGACUAAGACUGAGAUGAAGAAGUAACAGUAGUGGGAACAGAGCAAAUGAAAUGAAAAUGAAUAGCCUCGAGGUGAUUGAAAUUUUGAUAACAAUUGGUUGUAACUGGCAGCAAUAAUGGUUGAGUGGUGGCGAGUGGUGAUGACGAUACGGAAGGGAGGGGCCGGAAAUAAGAUUCAUUCGGUGAGACACUUUUGACGAAAUUGUUGGCGAGGAAAUUGUAGUCAUCCGUCCAAUGUUCCGGUAAUGUGAGAACUUGUGAAUCACCAACUUUUAUUGGAGUAAAUAUCCCGGAAUAAAAUCAACAUGUGUCUCCUUCUUUUAUUCGAACAAUGCAUAGAAUAAGUCACAUUUUGCGAAAACAAUUAAAUCGAUUCAAUACUUUUGUGUUUAAUCGAUUUAAAGAAAAUAUUCAAUUACAUGUUUGCAAGGACUCAGUCAUUUCUUGAUGUAGUUUCUGUCCAAUUUCUAAAAGACCAUAUGAACUUUGCUUACCAUUUGCUAUCGUGGAACGAAGAUGGUUUCAUACAGAUGUUUGUAGUCAAUCGCUUCUCAAUCGUCAAUUAUUAGUCUCAAAUUGGACUAACAGCAACUUGUAUAUUCAAGUAUAUUCAGGUCCCAAAAGACACUGUGCGAUUUUUCCUAACUGAAUUGGCAUUGGAACUGUAACGCUACUGAGCUGCUCCACCGCAAAUGACGAUUUUUUUUCCAUAAAUUUUAUUAUUGUAUUUUUAAAUAUUGACUCAAAUUUCGCAGACGCAUUCUUCCAAAAAGAACAAUUUGCAUCAUCGGUUUUCUAUUUCGACUGUAGUCUUACUUUUGAGAAGGGCCUACACAAAAAAUGUUCGAAAAUUUUCCAAAAAAUAUAACGGAAUCCACUUUUUAUCAAGUAAUUUUUUUCUAUUUGAAUAUAUUUCACAAAUUGAUUGCGUGAUUCUAUUCUUUUAUAAACUUAUAAUAUUUUUGUCCACCAUUUUUUAUCCAUUUCGCAAUAAGUAAUAUUAGAAUCAUCAAAUGAGCAUUUUUGUUGUCGAACCGAAAACGCCGAGAAAUCUUAAAUCCAAAAUUCGUGUUUACAAUCGUAUUAAUACAGUGAUAGACAUUCGUUUAGCCGCACUUGAAAAAAAAACUUGAAACACUUACAAAACAACUAGGAAAGUUCUUUUUAUCGGGAUACUUAUUUGCUGUAGUGAUAGUAUAUUUAAUUCACUUUUAUUGAAAGGACGUGCGUCACAAUCACACACACACAGGGCGGCAUCGGUGGAUAUAAACAUUCAAACGUCGUUUUUUUCCCGAGACAUACGUUUAGCCGCAGGGCAUAAAAAUCGAGUUUUCGCAUAAUCACCAAGCCUUUAUCUGUGUUUUUUGAAAAAAUACUUGGGAAUGUUCAAUUUACAAGAUAAAUAUUAGACGUGCAACUUAAGAAGUUGGUCAGAUUAGUGAUUUACGUAGAAUUUGAAGGAAUGGCGAAAGGUAUUCUAUUGGCGGAAGAGGGGCGGAAAAUAAUAAAGAUAUUCAGUGAACAAAAGUUUUCUAAUCACUCGAUCGUAACAAAAAUUGGUCUUUCUGAGAAAGUGGUACGGAAUUUUUUUAAAUAGUGCCAGAAAUAUGGGAUAUAACGACCAACAAAUGGGAGCACCAAAGUAACUUUGCGCCUUAAAGGUCGAAUAAGACACGACGCAACCAGGAAACGAUAUCCUGCUCAUACAUUAAGGCAGAAUCGGUUGUUCCAGUAACGAAAAGGCAUGUUGCGCGCAUCUUGAAUGAGUCACCAAACAUCAUGUGGAAGAAACCUCAAGGGAAACCGAAACUGACCGCCACCCAUAAGCAGAACCAUCUCAUUUUCGCCCGGCAAUACAUGGAAUGGAAACUAGAAUGGAGAAAUGUUGUAUUUUCCGGCGAAAAAAGUUCAAUUUGGAUGGUCCGGACUGUUACAGUUGCUAUUGGUACAAUUUAAGUCAACGGCAUGUCAUGAGAUCGAAGCGAAACUUUGGGGGCGGAAGUUUGACAGUGUGGGGAGCCGUUUCCUAUCACAGCAAGCUUCUCAUUUGUCUCACCCUAAUGAACUCCGAAAAGUAUCUUCGAUUACUGGAGGACGUUUUGAUUGGUCAUAUUGAGAAUAACGCUACCGAGGAUGUCGUUUCUUCAGCAGGAUUAUGCAUAGAUCCAAAUUUCCAAGCUGCCAGGCUUUUGGCCGUUACGUUUCUGAGUUUUCGUUUUGUUUCUAAGGUUUGUAUUAUUCUUAAUCAUGGAUGGGUUUUAGUAGAAAGAAACAUUGUAAUGAUUGUGUUCGUUCUGGGUUUUAUUACAUAACACAAGAAAAGAUAUGUGAACAUAGUUUUAUGCUUUUCAGAAACUAUCUAGGCAUAAAGCAAUUGCAGAAAAUAUCUGAGUGAUUUGGUAACACUGGAACUGACUAACUCUUUAUUAAUCUCCAUACUGGAACGAUGUGCCUCAUUAUGCGAUGGAUUAGAAAAUUGCAUUUUGAUGUAAAACAUGAUUUUUAACAUUUUUUCAUUCAAAUUCAAUCGAUAGCUCUGGUAAGAUUUCGAAAUGUGUUGAAGUUUACAAAAUUUAAAUAAGUUUUUUAUGCUUCAAAAGUCUUAUGACAGAAGCGGUCAAAGUUGAAUGAAAUCAUGCUUUUUCAUAUAUCAUUAUUUUCUGACGAUAGCCGUGGCUUUUUUGCGCUACAUUACAUUUAAUUGUAUUUAUAAUGAAAAAAAUAAAGUUAUAAGCGCUGGAAAAUUCAGCCAAUUACUACGUUUUCCAUUGUUUUUCAUGGUGGGGCAUUUUACCGACACGGCGCGUCUUACCCAAAGUUCCCCUAUAUGGAAAAAUGCGAAUGCUUCUAAUUUUCAUCAAUGUGAACCAUUUACAGACCAUAAUAUUGUAAUGACGUAUUCUCUGAUUUAGCACUCUUACUGAAAGUUGAAAGUUGAAAUGAACUUUUCCAAGCCCAGCAAAAGUUUUAUUUUACGUGCAGAUUUGUAGCUUGGUUACUGACGCACAGAUUGGAAUACAUAUGUUUAGAACGAUGCAAAUACAGUAGAACACCGAUUAUACGCGAAAUAGUCUGGCAAGAUCACCGCGGAUAACGCGAUAAAGUACUAAAUAUGAGGUUCAAACGCAAAAUAAAGAUAUUCCAGUAUGUAAACUAUGUUUUAUCAAUAGAUAUAAUUAAACUAUCCAUCUGUGAAGUCGUGUACACGAUACACGAUGGUCCAGGAGGUGCAUUUGAGUGGAAAUUAGCAUUUAGAGCUUGACAGUUAUUCCCAAGACAAAAACUGUCUUCUACAAAGUUGUUACAUAUACAUUUAGAAAAAUCCUCGGUCGAAAACUACCAAAUACAUUUGGUAAUGCAAAAUUAGUAGAAUGUACAAAUUUUUUGUACAUAUUGUCAAAAAACCCGCAUCCCUACCAGGGAUUAGUAUAUUUUACUCGAUAACAUUAGUAAACUUGGAUAUUGUCAUAUCUGAAAACUGGUGAGAAAAGCGCUUAUUAACCAUUUUUAUUGUUCCCAUAAGGCAAUACGGAGGAAUAAUAAGGAUAUAAUUCUGAUACGUGCAUUUUCGGCGAAAAAAUGUAGCCGAUAUUGGGCUUCCGAAUCAUGGUUCUGCUUGACAUAUGUGUUUAUUAGUACGGUCGAAAAUGACUAUAGAUUGGUAGUAUUUACCAAAAAAUUCGUUAUAUUUACUAAUUAUUUCUCUCAGUGUAAAAGAGCGCUCAUUUUUAUGUUAUCAAAAAUAGGGUGACCAAAAUUGUCGAUGAAAUAAAAAAUCUAACGUUAUUUGAGACAUCUUUGUAGAACAAAGUUUCUCUUGAAAUAACCGAUGUAGCGCCUUUUUUUCUAAAGUGCUUUAGGGUCACCAUGAAAAAAAUUGUUUUUUUUUUUGCUCUAACUUUUAUAUUUAAAAUUCUACAUACAAACUGUCUUCGGAAGAUUUUUAGAGCUUACAAAUAGUUUACGGUGCAGAACUUGUCAAUGUCUCAACUUCACUCAAUGUUAUUGAUAUUUCUUCUCAAAAAAUACGCUCUCUGCAAUUGUUUGUCAUUCUUUCUGGGGCAAACUUAAACAAAGUUUAUUGGCUUCAUUUGAAAGAGCAAAGUUCACUCUACAUGAUGUGUGGUUGUCAAAACUAUGUUAUUUUUUAUCGGUUAUUUCAAGAGAUAGAAAAAAAAACUUAGUUCUACAAAGAUAUCUCAAAUAACAUGGGCUACAAUAUUGUCGAGCUAUGUUUACCUCUUUCUAUGAGGAUAAGGAAGUUAUAUUUUUUAUUUCAUCGACAAUUUUGGUCAUCCCAUUUUUAAUCACAUAAAAAUGAGCGCUCUAUCAUAUGUAACAACUUUGUCGAAGACAGUUUUUAUCUAGAGAAUAACUGAGAAUAACGCUCGCGGAUAAUCGGGGCUUUACUGUAACUUCUGAAACGGUUCAAAACGAGGUUGAUUAUUGAUUGACCAUCCGGCAACAUAGUCGAGAUUCCCGUCUGAAAUCCAGAUGGUCGAACAUAUAGAAACAAACCAGUUCUUGCGUUUCAUCGACCUUUUGUAUGUGCUUAACAAUCAAUUUUGCGCCACUUAUUUGCCAAUAUGUGCAAGACAUCGACAUGCUUGCAGAAGUGCACGAUCCACAUUAUGAUUGAAUUAUGGGCACAUUACACGAUCAAAAUUAUUGACAAUAAUUGUCUUCAUUAUUAUUGUCUUCAAUAUCGUGACAGCCAGGUUUUCGAAAUCCUAUCUAACCUCAUUCAAUAUUGUGCCACCUUACAUGGUCAAUAACCCGCCAUCAAUCCGGGACUACGAAAUUAUCCGCGAUGACUGGUGGCGACAUUCGAGUUUAGGAUUCAAUCUAUUGUCAUUAUGUUAUCAAAUGUCAUACUGACAAGAUGUAAGUAACGUAUUUUAUUUUCUCUUUAUCCUCAUCUAUCGGUUUCUAUAGUAAACUCAAAUUGGAACGGCUUUGCAGCAGAGUUUUUAACGAAAGAAAAGGUUGAUAAAGAGAGAAUCGAUCGAAGUAAUUUACAUCUUUUUCCUUCUGGGCCCCUCAUUUGCCGUUGAGAUGAAUAGAAAAUAAUAAAAAAAAACUAUGGGAGGGUUAUACCUGAAAUAUUACCGUAAGGUUGACGUAGGAUUAGCUUGGCUUAGUAAUCAUUUUAGUGUGUUGAUUAAAUUAUGUAUUAAACCAGUGAUUGAAUGAAACAAUUUCCUAUUUCAAUUGCCAACAAAUUCCAAUUAUGGAUUGCGUUAAUCGUUGCAAAUCUGACAUUUGCAUGAUACCUUGUUAUGGCAUUCAUUUAUGGUGGACUUCCAAAAAUAUGUGAACGGAAGAAUGGCUAAACUAUCAAUGUAUUUUACAUUUCCCUCUGGGUAAAAAAGUACCCGCACCUUGCAUCUAUUUUGCAAUACCGAUUUCCCCUGGCUCAUUAGUUUUGAAAUCAGUGUUAGGGAAAUACACAUAGUCCAACGAUCGUACAUCAACCGCUGCGCCAUCAUAACUGAGUGGAUUUCCGAGUGGGCAUUCAUUUAUAUACGAUUUGUGUGAUUUCAAUGGCCUGUUUUCAAAGCAACUAAGCUAUUGAAACAAGUUAACAAUCAUAUAACUCUUGGACAUUUUGUCUUUGGAAUGAAGUGUUUCUCUGUACACAAUAAACAUCUUUGGGAUCUGGGACCGACACUGAUAAUGUGCUAGCUCCGUAAUGCCAGGAUAUCAAAUCCAGCCAAAACACCAUGGAACAACCGUGUUGCUUCAGGAAAGGUAGCAGAUGUUUUUCUGGACAUUUUCUGGCUCACGUAAAUUGCCUGGUUAACGGCCCCGGUUGCAAUGAUAAUGUCGUUUCUCAAGCCAGAUGUACAGAUAGUCUGCCAAACCAGAUAUCCUUCCGAACAUCGAUUGAAGAUGCAGUAUACAAAUACAGUUUUGCAGUAGGAAAAUUGAACGAACGACAAUAUUUCAGAAAUGUCGGGGGAGGUCGUCUACGCCAGGGCAUUUUGAUACAUCAGCAUAAUUCAGGGCUUUCAUGUCGUCAUCUGGGGGGUCGUCGUUCGGAUAUACAAGUGCGAUUCUGUCCUGGAUGAACUGGAUGCGAUCAAAACUAGUUGAAAGAUGAGGCAGGCAAUUUUUAUUGUACAAAGCUGAAAAGAAACUCGUGAGCGAAUUAUCAACAUCAAAUGGAGAGCUUGCAGUGACUUUGAUUCCACUGUGUGCACGAUACGAUUACUCGAUCACAAACUUUCCAAAUUUCGCUUCAUGUUCGCUUGCGUUCGUUAGACGUAUUCAUCAGACUGGACUAGUCGAUUAGUCUAAGACUAUCUCUAUUAUCUAUCGUUUUAUCCUUCAGAUAACGUCCCCCAGGGUUGCCCUGAAUUACCCGGGCCGGUGAAGUGGAACUCGGGCGAAAUAUAUUUUAUGCAAUUUGUUGUAAGAUAGCCCAACCAAUGUUUCUCCAUUCAAAGUUUGUUACCAAUUUAGUACAGACACUUCACUAUUCCCACCUUAGAUGAACCUAACCAGAUUCACGACAACGCAUGGGGAUUUAAGGUGGAAACAGAAUGUCGCGUUGUGCGUUGCUUCUCAUCAGCUGCCAUUGCUUGCGUUUUGUACUAAAACAUUCGCCCGACGCAGUCUGUUGAUUUGCAGUCACAAUCUAGCAUUCGCGUCACCACUUGUCAUGUAAACAAUAACAAAAUAAAAGUCGUAUGAAAAUCUUGUUGUGUCCACGGAUCAGUUGAAUGUUUUUAAAAACAACACAUUGACAUAUCCGACAUAGUGAGCUUCGUUUACUAGUUUAGGGGAGCGUGAAAGAAUAGCUGAUUUGCAGUCGGAAUGAACAUGUUUUCAAAAUUAAAUUAUGAAUUAAAUUAGCUUUUCCAUAUCAAACUGGUAUUCUAUUUAAAUGAAAAACAUUUUUGUUAGCAGGUGCUGAAAAAGUCUCAUACGAAAAUUAUUUGUAAAGACAACUCUAUAUUAUGAUGAAAAAAUUCAGACACAAUGUUGGAAUUGUUUAGCCAUAUGGUUGAAAGAAUGUCAGAAACACGUGUUUCAAGAAAUCAAAUAACAUGAUGUGAAAAUUUUCAUUCAAAUUUUAGAAUUUAAAAACCGGCUUCGUGUCUUCUAAUCUGAUAGAGAUUACACUAACGAAUUCGGGACCCAAAUUAUGCCCCUAAUUUGAAGUUGCCACCAGACGUCGACACCAUGCCACUGUCAUCGCGAAUUCGGCGCAAGCAGUUUAGAACAAAUGUUAGCAUUUAGUACAACGAUGCUAAUGACGCAACGCAUUAUUGUGUUCGACUAAAUGGAAACACUCAUAUUUAAAAUGAAGUGUCAAAGCACAAUUGUCGCAACGCGACGCAUAGCGCGGCAUUCUUUUCCCACCUUUAGAGAUAAAUCAGCAAGCAAAAGUGAUCCCAAAUUGAUUUGAACACUCGGGAUUAUCACAUCGAUUCACUCUAGAUCGGGCCAAACACAACACUCUAAAUCGAAUAAAAAACUAGUACAAAGCUUAUAGGAUCGACAACACUUCCACGUUCAGCAGUGUGGCCAAAUUGACUGCAUUUUAUAGUAAACAAAACCUCUCAAAACUGACACUUAUCCUCAGCUCACAGUAUAAACACGCUCAAUUAUAUAGAUUUAGUGAAUCACGCAAAAUUCAGCUCAGAAAUUUGAACCGGAAAACACGGAUAGCAAAUAGCCGAACAAAUUGAAACAAAAACAAGAAAACAAUCCCACAUUAGCCACACACAAUCAAAUAUUGUACGUAUUAAAAGAAAAACAAGUUCGUUACGAAAAAAAAGAUAAUGUUCCAAAGAGAUAAAAAUUAGUAAAACAAGAGACAAACUCAACUGAAUCAGCUUAGAUAACUGUUUGCAAUGAAACGAAGUCGUUCGAAGGAGAAAAAAUCAAAUACGUUAGCUAUACAAAAAAAAGGCGGAAGUUCCAGGUGAUCAAUUCCGUUGUGUGUUGGAAAUCAAAAACGGUUGAGAAGAAAAUGUGAGAAGUAAUAACACACACACAGUAUCUUUUAAUGAUAGUUUCUACAACUUUGUAUUGUACGUUUCAGCCCAGUGUAUCAUACAGAAGAAGACCCGUUUCGUUUCACGACGAAAAGUGGGGCUUCGAAGCACAGUUUGUACGGGCAUCGAACGUUUGGUUUCUAUGGUGCAAAACUAAUGUUAAUUAAUCGAAGGACAAAAAAAAAGGUUUAUACGCUCAAUUAUUAUAGGAGCCAUGAACGUAACUCAAUUUGUAAGUAAACUUGUUGCAAGAAUCACUCACACAAAGUCUUACCGUAUGGAUAGGAGGGAAGACGUUGACGAUGCAUACGAACGACAAAUUAGUACAUUUUCGUAAGAAAAUCGAUAAAACAAUAAAAAAUGGAAAAAGAUAAGCAAAAGGUAUCACCUAAUGAAUUUAAUGAAAACUUAAUGUCACUUGUAUUAACGGAGGGAUUUUAACAGAGGAGAAACAUUAAAAAAGAAAGUGUCUAUAAUACAUAAGGGUAAAACACUGCAGCAUAGUUAUCGGAACGUUUAUGAAAUAUAUGAGUAUAAUAAAAUCGACAAAAUGGUUUGUUUUGUGAACGGAGCAAAUAUAGGUGAUAUUUUCAUUACUCAGCGAUCAAACGAACGCCGCUUAUGUGCGAUUCCACUCGUCAAAAUCAUUUUUUCAACAAUCGAACAUCAACUCGAUUCCCAUUGGAUUUGGAAAAACACGCUCAAAUUAUUUUGUAGUCUAAAAGUUGGGAUAGUAGCAACACGUACGAAUUUAUCACUCCUCUGCCACUGUAAUCCGAGGGAAAGGUAUUUGAAAGAAGGAGAAAAAAACAUAUUUGAAGCACUCAAUUUUUUCCUAAACUAUUUUCAGCAUCUCAAAAACGGUCCUAUUUUGAGAGAAUUUUUAUUCUAACAAAGUUUUUCUGAUAUAUAAUUCUUAGAACCGGAUCGAAUAGUUCCAUCGUGUCGUAAUAAGCAUCACCUGUAGCCAAUUUUGCACAACACGACGAUGAAACGGGAAACGCGAAUCGAAGGAAAAAAUGGAGUGAGAGGUUUUCCCCCGGAAGGGAAAUGUUUGUUAACAUUGUUAGUGCGGCGAAACGAAUGCCCGAUUGCAGGCAGCGGUAAAUAUCAAUUUCCUACAAAAGUGGAAACACACAAAAACACUCAGAAAUAGAUUACAACUUGAAAACGAAGACAAUUAUAAAAUCAACCAGAUUUCUUUUUUAAUAUCCCACAAUUAAAAAAAACUUUCCGAUUGCAACCGAAGUUUGACGCAGUAAACCGGGCAACCUAAAACAGGAUGGUAAAUCAUUUAGAGAAAAAGAAAAUAACAAUCUUAACCAAAUUAUAACAUGAAAGAAUACACAAUUUUGAGAGAAAAAAGCGAAAAUCCUGGCGGUAAAAAAAUCAAACUAGCGAAAAAACCAAUGUAAAAUUUAAUUGUAAUGUUUUGUACCAUAUUAUUAUGAGAUGAAAAUGAGACAGAUGUUUUUAUGGUUAAAUAUAUAGUAUUCCAAAAUUGUUAUU